AUGUCCGGACGGAACGCGCCGCGCUCGAAGAAUGGUGUGCUGCAGUACCUGCCGCCGUCGCAAGGUAAAAUGCGGCGAGGAGCAGCCCAUCUGCACGCGCUGUCUGAACUUGAACCUCAGCUGCGAGUGGGGGUGCCAAUCAAGCGUGGGCGUAGCACGCAGACUCGACAUCUUCAACCAGCACCGACGAGUGCCCCCGAUCAAUUCACCUGGGCUGGGUCCGAGGCUGGCGACGUGGUGGCUCUCACACCGGAUGCACUGCUCAAUAGUCUCUCUCCGAUCUCCUGGCCAGGCGACUCGCCUCUUGUAGAGACGACUCUAUCGACCGCAUUCUCGUUUUACGCGCCCGUCACCCCAGCCCCAAUGCCGACCCCCUUAUACCCACCAUUGAGCGUUAACGAGAUCGCCUGUGCCAACUCCCUCACCCUCACCGAACAUGACCAAAAGUACUUUCAAUAUUUUCCUUCUUCCUCGAUCAUCUACUAUUACAUGAAAGGAUGGCAAUGGAGCAGCUUCUGCUACUUGUAUCAAGGACCCGCUGCCACCAACAAGGUGAUCAUGCGAAUGAUCCUUGCCAUCGCUGCUAGUGACAUGCAUCGACAGGGGCUCAUAGUGAGAUCUCCCGGUCGGCCAACUGCGGAAGACCAUGGGCGUUAUCACUACAGCCUGGCCGUCAAGGAAUUUCGACAGUUACUCGAGACUCCUCGGCGGAGCGUUUCCGUCGCGGAGCUAGAGAUCAUUUUCGCCACCAUGUUUCUCAUGGUCACGUAUGAAUGGCAAUUUGGACAUUCUGUCCGCCAUCUUCAGUUACACAUUCACGGGGUGCGAUCACUCUUGGAGUCGCACCCGCAGCUCUUUCGUCUGAAAGAUGUCAAUGAUGUGUUCUUGUCUCCCGAAGCCGACAGUCCGCCUGCGGAGGAUGCUGUGGCCUCUAGAGUUUCGUUUAUCCCCGAGCAAUUCUUGCUCUGGACACUAUACAUUGAUGCAAGUUGCCGACCGAUGGGGUUGACCGAAUCCUUGUACGACUAUGUCGUCCAAUCAAAAAAUCCGGCACUCCAUCCAGAUCACCUACAUCGUUGUGCACGUCUGUGGGGCCGCUGCUUUUGGGGAGAGCAAUACCCAGACCAAGAGGUUCUGGAUGACAUUGAAAACUACAGAGCCUUGGAGCUGCUGCAUGCUGGCUUCUGUUUCCGCCAUCGAACCUGGAGGGUCCUCGUAGACGCUGGGGGAGGGUCCGACACUACCGAGUCUCUCUAUAAAGAAAUAAUCUCUACUCGAGAUCAAUUCUCCGAUCUCUUCAUCACAGCAAAAUUUGCCGCCGGCGUCUCGGCGCGACGCACACUCAACACGAUUUACAUGGCCGUGUGUACACUUUACGCGCAAAUCAUCCUACAUCGCCGGCUACUCUGUGCUGGUAGCCUCCCUGUAUCUCUCCACCGGCAAGCCACGGCCGGCAUCGUGGACAUUGCCCAGAAGCAGUUUGCAACCGAUCCCCGACUCCUACGGCGCUUGCAUUGGCCUCUGUUGAUGGCUGUCAUCGAGACGGAUGACGCCAGCCAGCGCGUGUGGCUCCGGCAACGAUUGUUUGAGCUGCGUGACUGCCAUUCGGAGUACAUCUGGGCUAAUGAAGUGGCCGAUGAGGUCCUAGCUCAGCAGGAUGUGAGUCAGGGCUGCUACGCAAAUCUUGCCGAGUUGCUUCUCCAUCGGCUCCAAGUGCAAUGA